ACAGCUCCCGCUCGCCCAGCAGAAGACGGAAGGGCAGGCGAGGGCUCGGACAUGGCGAGGAGGCAGCCGCGGCGCUGGCCAGGCUGAGGCGCGGCAAGGCCGGGGGCUUCCUCCCCCCCUCCACGGGUACAACUGAGAGGCCUUAGAGCGACCCCCCUCCCUGCGCGCCCCGGCCGUCACCCAGGAGGCGGCGAGAGCCUCGCUCGGUCGGCUGGAAAGGAGCCGCCGCCGCAGCAGCCGCCGCCACCGGAGCGCGCUCUCUCUCUGCCCCCGCCCAGCACACCCCUGGAGCAGCAGCAGCCGCCGCCGCCGCCGCCGCCGCCACCUCGCCCCAUGGACUGAAUGAAGGCUGCCUGCACCCCCUAUCGAUGCCUCACCAAAGAGCUGGAGAGCUGCGCCAUGAACCCAGAGCUGACAAUGGAGAGCCUGGGGCCCUUGCACGGGCCGGCCGGCCCUGAGCAGGAGUUGAUGGGCAGCCCCAGCCCGCACCACCACCCGCCGGGCAGGAGCGCCGGCCCGCUCCGGGUGCACCCGCCGCCGCCUGCUCCGCCAGGCCCGCCGCCUUCCCACCAGGAGCUGGCCUCCGCCUCCUCGCGCUCGGCCAUGGUGAGCAGCAUGGCUUCCUUGCUGGACGGGGCAGGGGACUACCGGCCGGAGCUCUCCAUCCCGCUGCACCACGCCAUGAGCAUGCCCUGCGACUCCUCGCCGCCCGGCCUGGGCAUGGCCAGCACCUACACCACGCUGACGCCGCUCCAGCCCCUGCCGCCCAUCUCCACCGUCUCGGACAAGUUCCACCACCCGCACGCCCACCACCAUCACCACCACCACCCGCACGCCCACCACCCGCACGCCCACCACCCCCACCAGCACCAGCGCCUCUCGGGCAACGUCAGCGGCAGCUUCACCCUGAUGCGCGACGAGCGGGGGCUCCCGGCCAUGAACAACCUCUACGGGCCCUACAAGGAGAUGCCCGGCAUGGGCCAGAGCCUCUCGCCGCUGGGCAACGGCCUGGGCUCGCUCCACAACCCCCAGCAGGGUCUUCACAACUACGGGCCGGCCGGCCCCGAGAAGAUGCUGAGCCCCAACUUCGAGGCCCACCCGGCCAUGCUGGCCCGGGGCGAGCAGCACCUCUCGAGGGGCCUGGCCACCCCGCCGGCCCCGAUGAUGGCUCACCUUAACGGGAUGCACCACCCCGGCGGCCACCCGCAGUCCCACGGGCCCGUCCUGGCCUCCAGCCGGGAGAGGCCGCCUUCCUCCUCGAGCGGGCAGGUCAGCAACUCGGGCCAGCUGGAGGAGAUCAACACCAAAGAAGUGGCGCAGAGAAUCACCGCCGAGCUGAAGCGCUACAGCAUCCCCCAGGCCAUCUUCGCCCAGCGGGUGCUGUGCCGUUCUCAGGGGACCCUUUCAGACCUUCUAAGGAACCCUAAACCUUGGAGUAAACUGAAAUCGGGCAGGGAGACCUUCCGCAGGAUGUGGAAAUGGCUGCAGGAACCCGAGUUCCAGAGGAUGUCAGCCUUAAGACUUGCGGCAUGCAAACGCAAAGAGCAAGAACCAAACAAAGACAGGAACAACUCCCAGAAGAAAUCUCGUCUGGUUUUCACUGAUCUCCAACGCAGAACACUUUUUGCCAUUUUCAAAGAGAACAAACGUCCAUCGAAAGAAAUGCAGAUCACCAUCUCCCAACAGCUGGGCUUGGAACUUACGACGGUCAGUAACUUCUUCAUGAAUGCUAGGAGGCGGAGUCUCGAGAAAUGGCAAGAUGAUCUGAGCACCGGGGGAUCCUCGGCAACCUCCAGCACUUGUACCAAAGCAUGAUCAAAGAACCGAAACUGAAUUGGGCACAACUCAACUAAUAUCUAUUUAAAAGGAAUGGAUUCUUAACGGGGCCCUUCACUGGUGAUUUGAAAGCACAAUUCUCCUAAACCGUAAUACUACUUUGCAACACAGGGCAUUUAAUUUAAUUUAAUUUAAUUUAAUUUAGAUGAGAAUUAGGCUUUGGGGGUUCUUUCUUUCUUUCUUUCUUUCUUUCUUUCUUUCUUUCUUUCUUUCUUUCUUUCUUAUCGUGCAGGUCAAGGGUAUAUUCAAGGCAGACUAAGCAUGUCAGAAACAGGAGGUGCUCUUUCAUGCCUUAGAUUAAUUCACAGACGGUGUGACAGAGCCAGGCAAAGUUCAUUAUCUCUGGGGCCACAGGGAGCAGCCAACAAAAUGGCACCUAAUUUAACAGAUUGCUCACUACAGAAAGUUCAAACGCAUCUGACCCCAUCCAUUUACUGAAUGCUUAGAUUCUCCACCCUGCUACACCAAAGCAAGCAAACACUAAAUAAACAAAUACUGAGCACAAAUGUUAACUAGACCUAAGAACACUGGGUUGUAUUUUAGAGACUCAGGCAAUGUUAUGCUGAAUAUUUUUCAGAAUAAUCCAACUUAGCCUAUUUGGCUUUUUCCUUAAAACGAAUUGUGUCUAAGAAGAAGGAUCAAGGAUCAGUAGAAUUUGGUUCCUUGAAGCCAAAUUAUCAAGCACAAAGACAAUAGAUGUAAACAGCUGUGGAUUCUUUGCCUGUUCUUGUAAGAUGUGCUCGGAGUUGGGGGGGGGUGUUAGUGAACAUGUUGGUUUCAAGCACACUUUUGCAGGUUUUCACAAUUUCUAUGUGUACAUAGUGCAGACUCACACUCAGGAAGCCCGUUUAGAUGCUACCACGCAAAGAGCAAAUGCAACAAAGAUCUAUUUUUUUUAAAGAAACCAUUAAUUUCAUCCAAGUACAUUAAGGAUACUUUUUUUUUUGCCACAUAAUUUCUGUAUUUCAGUUAGUUGGUGUUUAAGCAGGAAAAGAAGCAAAUGCCUUCAAGCUGUCACUUACCAUUGGCGCACUUACUUAAAAGGUGUUGUCCAAGUCUGUUCCAUGGAUGAAAAUCAUCUUCACCUACCACUUCAUGUCAGAGAAUGCAACACACCAAAGAUGCAGGUUACUGCAAACCAAAGACCAUCAUUUCUAUUCUCUAGCAUCAUUGCCAUUUUGUUGUUGUUGUCAGUUUUGCCAGAUCUUGCAUCCAUUCACCAACAACGUUGGUCAAACUAUGGCUCUUUCAGCUCACCUUCCCAGUGAGCCAAAAGAGAUUAGUUUCUCAAGUGAAGUAGCAAUGCUAACUUUUAAUCGCACUAGGGUACCAUGCUCACCUACCGAUACAUAAACACUAUCUUCCUCAUCAGAAUUCCUCUGGUCAUGCAAUGUGCACAUUUACCAGUGAAUAGCCCCUUUCCUUAGAACACCACUUGAGUGUUCACUAGCAAGCCAAAUGCUGUAAUGAUCCUUUAAAGACACUUGAGACUCUUUUAUGUACUACUUAAUCGAAACCAAAGAAACUUUUUCUGCACCUAUUUCUUCUGCAACAAACUGUUCCAUUUAAGGGGGAAAAUAAAAGAAAGAAAUGAAUAAUAAUUUAAAAACAAAACAAAACAAGGAAACAUGUCAGGAAAAAAAAACCAAUGAUAACACACUGUGUUUUGACAGACAUCUUGGGACAUUUUUAGGAAGCAGAGUUCAAAGAAAGGGUUGACAAGAAAGGAAAUGAAUGGAAAAGCCAACAGGAUUGCUGCUUCAUUUGACAACUCAGUAAUCUUAAAGUUGAAGAUUGUCUUUAAUUUGUGCCUAUGCAGUUUUUUCAAAAGAACAAGGAACAGAGCAACCGAGACCUCAACAGCUACAAUACCAAAGAAUGAGGAUUUCUUACAACUUUUAGUUCAGUUCAUUCUCUCCCCUCACACAGCUAAUAAUGCUUAUAGCACCAUUGAUCUGUGUGAAGGUAAAUGGUUUCUGUUUCUUUUGAGCAACAACAAACACACACACAAAAUGGAUGACUUUUAAAGUUCUUUUCUUAUUUUUUCCUACUUUCUGCUCCCACAUGGAAUCUUCUAAGGAUUCCAUGAGCUCCAAGUAUAAGGUGUUGGGAUACUAAGCUAGCCUCUAACCAAACCUGGUACAGGAGGGAAAAUCUCAUCAGUCAAUUGCUAAUUUUGAAUCAAUAGGGCUAUGUGAUUUGUAUGCUUUUUUAAAUGUUAAUCUAAGGGGUGGGGAUUGGAGGAAAAAGUGUUGUCAAUGUAGAAGGAAUUAUAUUUGUAUUCAUUGAUACAGGAAUAAUCUCGUUGUGUUAGAAAGAAGUUUAACAUCAUAUAAUCUAGCCAGUAAACAAUUAGUUCUCCAGGCAGUUUGACUUAGUAAUUCAAUACAAUUUAUAUACUAUUGAGACAUGAUGACCAUCCAGGUCUUUCUGCUAGAUCAGUGCUUCUCACCUAGAAAAUCAUGCCUCCCUUCUAAAGCUACUUCAGUUUAACCCUAUUUCCCCAUUCUACCCAUAUUUUUUUUACUUGUCUGCCUAGCACACCACUAUUAUAAGAUGUCAUUAUUGUUCCAUUUAGUUCCCAUCUCGCAGACCUCAGGAACUCAACCUACAGGAGUCAAGGAUGUUAGUCUUUACUGAUGCUAGUAACCCUAUAACCCUUGCUCUGAAAAUCCAGAAUCCUGACUGCUGUUUCUAACUCAUAAUAUGGAUCUGCUGAUGUGAUAUUUCCAUCACCCAGAACACACAAGAUUUUAUUAUAGUCAAUCUCAAGAAAAGUAGUUUUAACCUUUCUAUGGAGUUGAUUUCCUGAUCUGGUCUAUCUAGUGGGGCUGACAUCAAUCUUACAAGUCUGAUUCUGCUGUACCUCCUCCUCCUCCUUAUAAUCCAGUGAAUCAGGGAGGCAUCUGCCUGAGCCACUCCUGAAUGUUAUCUCAUUGUUCUAGACUUAAAAAAAAAAUGUUUCAGCCCCUUUUGCCUAGGUAACAGUUCCUGCAUAUUUAUGUCAAGGUCUUCUUGCUUACUCUCUACAGAUUCAGAGCCCUCAUAUCAAUACAGCAAACCAGAUAUAAGGUGCUCAGGAACAAAAAGGUGGAGUUUGCUUCUUAUUAUACAUGAUGUUUUGGAGCAAUAAAUUAAAAAAAACAACAGAACUUCCCAUUUCAACAACCUGCCCCUAAGAAACAACAUGAGAGAACUUAAGUUUUGUCUAACCUUAACCAUUUUGCUGAUAUUUGUCUGCAUAUGGGUAUGACAAAAAGAUGAUAUAAAUGAAUACAGUCACCAUUAAAUGUACAGUCCCCAAUUAAUUAAAUGUGGGUACCUACAGAGGUAGACCUGUGAGCCAUCCAUUCAUACAUGCGGUGCUGUUGAUUAGUUUAGUUUAGUUUAAUUUUUAUUUUAUUCUGUGCUUCUCAGAUUAUUAACAAUUCUCAGUUACAAGCUGAGGUCUGUACUUAGUCUUUAAGGGGCUUACCAGGGCAACACUCCCCAAAGUGGGUAGCCUCAACAAGCUGAGGUCUGUAUUUAGUCUUUAAGGGGCUUACCAGGGCAACACUCCCUAAAGUGGGUAGCCUCAAGACUAAACCCGUCCGAAAUGUCUGGAGCAGGGUUUUCUCAACUUUAGCAACUUGAAGAUGUUUGGACUACAACUCCCAGAAUUCCCUAGCCAGUUAUGUUGGCUGGGGAAUUCUGGGAGUUGAAGUCCAGACUUCUUAAAGUUGCUAAGGUUGAGAAACACUGAUCUGGAGCAAAGACUAAGUUAAGUUUAAUUAAACCUGAUUUGAAAAUGAAUAUCACUAAUUAGAAAAUGUUAAUAUGAUUACUCUCUAUGUAUUUCUUGUAGGAAAAAGGCCAUGUUAAUCUACAGGGACAAAAAAUCAGAAGUCUAGUAGCACCUUUUAAAACUAAAGUUAAUGCAGCUCUCCUCAUCAAAUGCAUAGAGUGCAACUGUAGAGUGGCUUUCUGUGUGUUUCAUAACUUCCCUUCUAUCGUGCUUCUAAUUAAAUUUUGGCAAAACCUUUUGGAGGACCUCUGGGGGCCUCUGGUUGUGCAUCACUCUCUUACUGAAAUGAAUGUGCUAUUUCAGUUCAAGAACCAGUUGCUCUUGUCCUUUUUCAAAGAUGAUUCUUUUCCUGCAAGGAAGGGUGAUAUACAUACAGUGUAUGUUCUCUGUUAAAUACUUGCUAGAAGGAAUAAUCAUAACUCUAUAGAAGGACUGCCUGGUUUCUUUUUAGCUUCAGGAAAUAUUUUGAUGUGUCUCUGUCUACUGAGUAAUGCCAGCCAUUCUGCUCAUAGAACCUGGUGCUUACAAGGAAUUCUUGAGAAUGGCUUAGGGAAAAUGCUCAUUUCCAGCCAGCCAAACCUAGAUGGUUUCACCCUUGCCCUGCAUCAGCCAUCCCCACACUCUCCAGGUGUGUUCAUCCCCAGGCAGCAUGAUCAUUGGCCACUUUCACUGGAAAUAAUGGAAGCUGUGAUCCCACACUCUGGAAGCACCCUAAAUUAGGAAGGCUGCUCUGCAUGAACUGCAAUUGUAGCCUGUACUCAACUCCUCCACCAUGCCUACAAGCUGCAGGGAAUCAUUAGCAGUGAUAAGCAUGUUAUUUUUCUUGGAUUGCUUGUUUCCCAUAAUAUACCUCUGAUAAAAGUUCUAAGGAAUCCAAGAAUUUUCUCCAGAAAGCAUUUUAAAAAUCACAGGUCUAGGAUCUACUGAUACUUUUGAGAUCUCAGUAGAUUUAGAUCUAAUGAUAUCCUUGAUAGCUUGACCUAAUGAUAUCCAGUUGUUAAUGAGUGGUUUUCAUUGUUAUCAUUAACAGCCUGAAUCAAUGCAUUGCAGGAUGGAGGCCUCUUCAUUGAAAGUUAUAGAUGGUAAACUACAAUGCUGGUUCAGUGUGGUACCUACCAACUUGCAUAUAUUUCAAAUUCCUUCUCUGUGAAUCAUUCCUCAUUUUCCUAUGUCUCGGUGAUGGUAAGAGGAGAAAUUUGUAAUAACAGCAGCAGCAGCAGCUCAGUCCUGUCCUUUGCCACCCUGUGGUCUAGCAGGAAGAAGCUGAGAUGAUUAGUCAAAGACAUAAACAUUUGUGGGGUUAAAAGAGGAGAAUUUGUCUCUUAACUCUGCUCCAAAAGACUCUUGCACUGGCAUUAAAAACAAUAGAGCAAAGGAGGAGUUCACCAUGACUCACAUUUUCCCAAUAUACAGUAUAUAACAUGGACAUCCUGUGCUGUCCACAAUGAGUUGACCCUGUGCUUGAGCCCAAUCUCCACAUAAAAAGAUACCAGAACAAAUCGAUCUGGACCUCUGAGAGAGGAGAUAGUCACUUCAGGCCUAAGCUUUUUAUGGAAAAAGGUAGAAAGCUAUCCAUGUUCUUCAGUUUGGGACUGAUUUUCAGUCUGGUAGCCGUAAUAAACUCUUGCUGUAAAAAAGAACUAUUUGAGAGGCCAACACAUUAUAGAUAGCAAGGGAGGAUAUAUUCUGCUGCUUCUAAAUGCUCGCAUGUGUUAAGUGCAUUAAAAAGACUUAAUAAAAAAUCUUACCCUUAGACAGGAAAUGAUUAUUUUGCGCAGCUAACCACUGAUUUUGUUCUCAUUAAUUCACUUCUCUUUAGAGGAGCACAGGGGCAAUUGCUCUGGGCCCCAUCCCAAAAAUGAUUCAGUGUUUGAAGUGAUCAGAUCAAUUAAUACUUUUAAUUCACUUCCAUGUUUUAAGAAGCACCUUUUUCAAAGAACAGUACAGUAUAUAGUCUUCAUACAAGGUACAUUAUUCAAAACAGUAGAGAGUAAGCCAGUCUGACUGAGAUUUCUUUAAACGUUCGAGGCAAGGUACAAGACAUUCAUAAUUUAUCAAAAGGCCAGACCUAUCUGUGAAAACAAAUAGGAUUUUAAGAUUACCAGAGCUUUGGUUUCCUUUAUUACUUCAGCUUUGUGUUAAAGCUAGGAUUGGUGGCAUGGAAGAUUUACAGUCUACACUGUAUGAAGGAAUGUAUAUUUUUAUGGGGAAUGCAUUUAUACUUAUUGUGCAUGAAUAUAUCUGCCAGUAAUCUUUACUCUAGAGCAGUGUUUUUCAACCUUGCUGGCUGGAGAAUUCUGGGAGUUGAAGUCCAUACAUAUUAAAGUUGCUGAGGUUGAGAGACACUGCUCUAGAGGAAUGGUGACUUCAUCUCUGAGCCAUCAAUUGUAAUGUUGGAGGAAAGAUAUAAUAAACCAUUACAGGACCUGAUUAGAACCUAAGGGCUGGGCUCUGUUUAUUCAGACAAGAAGCAUAUUCUGGUUUUAAUGAUACAUGAAAAGUGUUAAAAUCUGACAUCCCAUUGUAAUCACAGUUUAGACAGCUCCUUCUAAUCCACAUAGAGUCUUCUCUGGGACUUCCUGGUUAUCCAUUCUCUCUCUCCAUCCAUUACAGCAAAAUCUAAACAGCUUCUUCUGUCCCCAAUCUGGAAUUACUUUGUGUUGUCUUGCUCUGAUCAGAUGUUAUGCAGUAUGUUGUAGCUACCUUGUUGGUCAAUUUUAUGUAACUGUGGUUUUCCCAGGCAGCAACUCAGACAAUAGCCAAGUAUGAAUGGAAUUUUAGGAGAUGGUGAUUGCAUUUUAAGCAUGCUAUGUGUCUGCACCGGUUUAAGCAUCUGUCUGCUUGUCUUGAGUACUGCCUAUUUUAUAUGCUCUCUUUCUCAGAGGAAUUACAGUGUGAUAGUAUCCCAACAUCUCUUUUUACCUUUAUACUUGGAGUUAUUUUUCAUGGGCACAUCCAAGAUGAAUUCAACUUUCAAGAAACCUUGGAUAUUGUUUAAUCAUCUGUGGAGGAACAAAGAAUGUGCUUGAUUACUUCGGUUGAAUAGCUUUAUUCUCGAUCUCUCUUAACUAAAGCUAAAUCCAAAGACCUAUGAAGGACAAAAACCAGCAAAAUGUAAAGCUCAGACCGACUUUUGGGAAUAGCAACCUCCUUUUCUUUUUUCUUUUCUUUUUUUAACCCAAAACCAAACCAACAAACAAGCAAAAAGACAAGAUGUAGAAAUGACAUAGCAAUGGGGGAACAAAAAAUCUGCAGCUUCUUUCUUGCUUGUCAGCAUAUUUAAAUAUUUUGUGGUCUUUAUAGACGAUGCUUGGCCUAAUCUAUAUUUAUUAUGGAAAUUAUUUUUCUUUGUUAUUCUUUAAAUGUUUUUCCGGUUCACUUCAAAGCCUUUACUUCUGUCCUGAUAAGUUUGGGCUAUAACCCAUUGUAUUGUUGAUCAGUUCUGAGAUUUAUUCUAAUUAGAUGGGGAUCCAGAUCUGAAGCCUUAGCUCUAGUUAAGCGUUCAUUCCAUAGAAGAUCCUGUGGUGCAAACCAAGUCUAUAUACCAUCUUGUACUGUAAAUAGGAGUUUAGCUGGAGCUAAAGCCGCAGAAGACUGGGUCUAAUUGGUUGAUUUUGGUGAUUAUUUUGAUGACAUUCUUGUUUAUUGUAGUUGAAAUUCACCUGGAUUUGCUCCUGAGCAUGUGCCAUUGAAAUUAAUGGAUGUCGCUCUUAUAUUUCAAUGGGGUGUGUUCAUGGGCAUCUCUCAGGAUUCUGCCUUUUAUUUCCUAGAGUUAAUUUUUGCUUAUUUAAUGAAACUAGAAUUGUAGUGCAUCUUAAAUGCAAAUCUAAAGUUAGCUCAGAAAUUUUAUUUGGGGGCAGUGGGGAAUAUUGGUAAAGUUUCCAGAUUCUGUUACAGUUUCAGGUUACCAAAAUAAUAACAAUAACAACAAUAACAAUAACGAUAAUAAAGUUACUAAGGAAAAAAUUAAAAUCUCCCAUAUCCCUCUCCCCAAACUGAGGUAUGUUUUAUGUAUUUUAAUCAGUAUCAAUGGUUUAUAAAAUAAUCAACCCUUAAGUUAUUUAAAUUAAUUCCUCUUUUUCAUCUCACUUAAAAGAUAAAAGAAAAAAUAGUGAGGUAUACCUUUUAAUUAUUAUUAUGGCACAUAAAUGCCUUCAUAAUAUAACUUAUUUAUUUAACUUAUUCAGCAUCUACUAAAGGUGCCCUUGUAUAGUUUAUAUUUUAUUUUUUUUAAUAAAUCAAUUUAAAGCACUACAGUUUAUUUGCUAUCAGAACAACAGAAUUAUUAUUCCUUCUUCUUUUUUUUCCUUUUUUGGACAAGCAAGGAAUAUUUUGUCUAAAACUAUACAUUCAGGAACAACAGGGGAUUAAAAAAACCAAAACACUAUAACACUUUGCCUGAACUUUGUGGCUUUUUAAAAACCUAAGCUGGGGGAAAAUAUAAAAUAACAACAAGCAAAAAAGUAGAUAAAUUUAAAAAGAGAGAAACCCUUAAAGUAGCUGCUUCCAAGAAUGAACUUUGUGUGUGUGUGUGUAAAACAAACAAACAAAAAAAAAGAUUUAAAAAAACAGGAAAAAAGGAAAAAAAACUUUCUAUUUCUAGUGAGAACCAAAGAGGCUACCUCACUGACUUUUUCCAUUUGUAAUUUUAAUCGUGUUGAUGAUACCAAAGAUACCAAAGAUUUCUUUCUCUGUGCGGUCUGCAUUUUGCUUGUGCUCUUUAUAGUUUUAAUGUUUUCUCUUUUACAUCCAGUAUGUACAGCUGCAACUCAGUUACCCACCCAGCCAAGAGACAACGUUAGAGGGACCUGCUAAUUCUGAAGGAGUUGGUUUUUUUGUAUUUAUCUUGGUCACUGCCUUUCCCACCCCUGUGUCCCUCCCUUUCUGCCUCAAAAGGGAACUCUACCAGCUUGAUCUUAAGCACAGUCUUCAAGAAGAGAGAUUCAGGUUUCCAUGUGCAGAGCUUCACUUUGAUGCUCACCUAUCCACCUAGGAUUGGAUAAAUAGGAAUGUGCAUGCCUUUCAGGAGCAGCCUAAAUGGGACAGAUGAGGAUAUGAAUCCCUUUGUGCAAUCACUAAUUGAUAUUUAAGGUUAGCUACUGUACUUUUGGCUAAAUCUGGGUGGGGGUAUUGGCUGGGAUUCCAAAAACUAUGAAGUAAUUCAGAAAGGCCCUCAACUCUCAUCAUACAGAACUGUAGUCAGGUCAGACUACAGAUUAAUGAACUGCCUGCUAGAUGGAUCAAGGAUCUGUCUGUAUAAACCUCAUGUAACUUCUUAGACCAGCUCCCUCUGAAGAGUACUCACCCAGGUCCUACAGCUCAAACCACUUUUGAAGCUCAGUUGCAAAAGCAGUUUGUGAUGGGUCCUACAGGAACAUCUGCUGUUCACAGAGAAAAGAGUGCAAAAUCCUAUUUGGUGAGCCAUAAGUAGAUUUUUGGAUCCCAGCCAUCGGCCCCAUCCAGUGGACAGGAGGCACAACUGGGACUUCCUUCUGCAUUAUGUGGAAUUAAAUGAACUUAUUUUAAUGGAACUGACAUUAGCUUGAGAGAUGCCAUCCAGAAAGAUCUCCUAGUGCUUAAGACUAUGGUCCAAAGUUCCUAUAUCUAAGUUUAAGAUUUACUGAAAUCAGUGCAGUUUCAAGGUAGAUAUAAUUAGGAUUUUAAAAAAAAGAAAGAAAGAAAGGUCAGACAGGCUUAAUCUUGCCAAUAAGCAGAUGUAGGCAACCUGUGCCCUUCAGAUAGGUUCAGCUCCCACUCCAAUAAGUCCAAACUGUACAACCAAGAAUGGGGGCUAAGUAUGUUUAAGACCGUACCUUUACUUAGAAGUAAAUAGAAUUAACAUCAGACAUAAUUCAGAAUAUUCAAGGCUAGAUAACUGGGCUGUGUCUUGUUUCAAUUUGUUCAAAGUGCUUCUAUGUUUCUCUGCUCUGCUCUCAGCCCAUCUGAAAGUGAAGUUUAAGAUAUAAAAUUCUAGCACAAGCCCAUUUCCUCUUUCAUUUUGAUGGAAAAGAAAGCUGCCCAAGAGGUCUGUUCAAAUGCAUGGGGUGGUUGACAGCACUGGAAUGAAGAGGGAAGUUCCAGCUGGCCAUAGAUUUGCUCAUAGAAUGCACACUGCAGUUUUUGGUCCAAUACUUUUUUUUCUGCCAGCUGUUAAAUUGAUAAACAAAUCCUGUUGGAGGUUUCUGGGAGAUUUCACCCAAGGUUCAUGAACCCACACAGGUGCACACACAUGCAUACACACACACACACACAUAUAUAUACUGUACAUGCAUACGCAUACACUUAAAAAUACAGUAUGGCUGCUGCUGUCUUAGAUGAGAAGUAUAUUAAUCUUCUCCUGGGACAAUCUACCAAAAUGAGAUUGCUCCUCCCUUCAUCUCUUUUAUGUGGGAUUUUGAGAGCAUCUCAUGUGCUUAAUGUGGUGAGAAGCAAGAUACUGGAAAACAGGGGACUCAUGGCUAAUCCCACAAGAUCUUCUAGAUGUAUUCCAAACUGGAUAAAAUGAAAUGUAAUACUACCAUAUUAAUUACACCGAAUCAGUGAUGAAGUUUUGUUAAAAAUGAACAACAAAAAACCAACCACAAAUUAGAUCAAUUGACCUCUUUCAACCUUCUGUUAUUUAUUUGUAAAGUUAUAGUCUUGGGGUUUAGAUUAUAAUAAUAAUAAUGCAGCACUGAAGCAAACAGGAGUAAAGCUACUGAAACAAUAUAACAUACUGAAUAUGCAAAAAAACCAUAAAGUACACCAAAAAAAAUCUCUUUUUUAAAAAAUCAGGGACUUCUUCAAUUAUGGCCAGCUAAUUGUUCAAAAGGCCUUGUGAAACAAAAGUAAUUUUUUUGCAAAUCUCAUCCACGUAUCUCACCCAUGUAUCUGAUCACCAUAAAGGAGUGAAGGUCUAUUGACCACAAUUUGGACUUCCAACAAAAGCAUUUAAAAUGGGAACUUUAAUGGAAGUUUCACUCCCAGGGCUGGUAAGAGAGAGGAGAUAUUAAUUGGGAAACAUUUUUAGCCAAUUUCAGGAUAAAGAUGGAGCCAUGUCAUUGGAGUAGGCAGGGCAGAAGUAGCAAGCCUAUUUUAGUGAGUUUUUAUAGAAGAAUUUUCAUAUAAGAGACUUGUUAAGUGUAUUGAAAAGCAAACACAGUUAUUUGAUGGCUUAUUUUGCUUUUAAACCAAAAUCCACAAUGCUGUCAUUUAGUAGUUUGCAACUGAAUCUCAGCAGCACAAUCAUGGGGGAGACCUAGUGUUCCAUUUGUAGGUGAAGGACCACAAGUUGCCUAUUAUUGCUGUAUGCAUUCUAUAGCUUCCAACCUACAUUGCUAGGAACUUCUUGUUUGCUUUUUUGAACAACGUUAGGAAAUAACAUGUUUAGCACUAUGGCAACUUCGACCCUUGUAAAGCCCAUGCAACAACACAUUCAGCUUUUUCUAACUCCACCCUACCUUGUUUCAUCCAGCAGGUAAAAGAACCCUGAAAGAUGAGACAACUUUGCCCAAUCUCUAGCUUUUGAAUGAUUUCCUCACGGACCAAUGUGGCUACCUAUAAUUUUAAUAGCAAAAGUGAUACUAGGGUGUGAUUCAGGAUAGCAAAAUAUAAAAUGCCUAUGGGCAAACUGAAAGGUGGUAAUUCUCUCCCACCUUUUUUUUUUCCAACAAGGUGUUAACAGUUAGAGCAUGACCUUUUUAUUCCCAUACUAAGCAUGCCCUUCAUCAACACAAUAAAAGCCCACCUUUCAACAAUUCAUUUUUGCCUUUAUGCAUCCUUCCCUCUAAAUAACAUCUUCCUCCUUUCUUGGAUCCUACUGUGUAUAUUUUAUGGCAAUAUGCCUUCAACAUAGAGCUAUAAUGAUUCUCAGGAUGCCUUCCAUGGGUGGAAGGCAAUGCUAGAUCUUUGCAUUAAACCUCCCAGCUUCCACUCCCUCCUCUCCCACACGCUUCCCACUCUUCGAGGGAAUGUCCAGGAAGGGCCAAACGCCCAAAUACAAGAAAAACAUCAAAAUUAGCAGGACUUUUUGACGGCAAUUGCGUUUUCUAUCAGACCCAUGCUUCAUGUACAAAGUGUGAGUUUACCACAGGACGAGUGCCUUGCUUGAACCAAAGCAACGAUUUUGCCAGUCUAGACCUCUCUGUAAUUUUUUUAAAAUUCUUCCUGUGAAUACCUCAGCGUCAACUGGGCCGCCAUGUUGAAACUGGUGGUCUUAUUGUACUGUGGUGCUUUGCGAUGCAACCCUGCAAAGAACAUGAUUUGUAAUAAUAAUACCAAAGGUCCUUUUUCUCUUUUCUCUCUCCUUUCUCUCUUCAUGGUUCCAAAGCUUUAAAAUAUAAACCUGGGCAUGUUGGCAACGCAGACCGCUGAAUUCCUUACCGAAUUUUCUCAGAUAUACCUCAUAGAUAAUAGUGUUUAGAGUAAUGUUAUUAUAGCGUAUGUAAUAAAUUAUUCACUUGUUUCAUUUUGGUAACUGUGAUUUAAAAGAAAUUUUAAAAAAGCUUUAUACGUUUUAGGUUGUGCUUUUGUAAUAGACAGGAAAAAAAAAUGGUGCGCUUAAAGGUGUAUGUAAGUCUUCUUCCUUUUGGAUGUUUUAUUUAUUCCGGAUUGGGAAAAGUUGCAGAAUGAGCCCAAAGUUUACAGUUUUCAUAUUUUGCUGAAGAAACAAUCUGUGUUAAUUUGCUCUGUUGGAAAAAAAAAAAGAAGUAUGAUUAUUUUCUACAUUUGUGCUACUUGGUCUGAACAAUUAAUUGUUCUGUGUUUAACAGUGUAGUAUUAUAAUUAGCAACUCCUAUGAUUUCAGUGCUAUCAUUUUGAUGCAUGAAGCAAAAGAAAAACUUAGCAGUGUAAUGCAUUGUGGGUCUUAAUAGCAACUUUUUUUUUCAUUUGGAAAUACAGUAGAUGUUUCCUUUUCAUUUAAUGAAAUUUUAUUUAUGCAUGAAGCCUGUUAUCCGUUAGCGGUUGUGGAGCAGUUUUGUGUAUACAUGCAUUUAGGCUGUGAAAAUGUGCACAGUUCUGUCUCAUAAAGUUGAAAUAGCGGUUUGCAUACAGAAGGCAUUUCCAUUUGAAUAUGCAUUUGGACCAGGGCACAUUUCAGAAAUAAACAUAUGUCCAGUACAAAUUGAAUUUGACUUACAAUAUUGGAAAUUAAUAUGAACAAAUAAAAUUAGCCAAGAGCUCCCUUGUUUCUAAGACAAACAGUGUUUAUGUGUGGUAGUUUGAAAAGUCACCUUUUACUGGAAAUGUGAGUGAGCUGUGCAUUUUUUCUAACACAAAAGGAGUUCCUUUGGCUUUAUGGUAUAUAAUAACAAUAAUAAUAAUAAAUAGCAAUAUAGGUCAUAUUGUUGCAAAUUUAUACAGUGAUGGUGAGAACUGGCAGCGUUUUCCAGCAUUUGCAGUGAUUGACUGACCAUGUUCAUGUGUUAGAGCUAUGCUGCUUUUGGGCAUGGAAGCAUUGUAGAAGACAGUCAACAUUUGGCAUGAACGAAACCCCACCAGAAUUAGCAGGUUGUCAUGUUGUCUGCUGUGACUGGCAACAGACUGUUCUGAUAGUUCAUUCUAAACACACACACACACACACACACAAACAACCCAGCACAGUUUUAAUGGUUGUUCAUCUACCUUGCCUAUGCAACUGGAUCUUAGUUCUCAAGCAUGUUUGAAGGGUGUUUGUUAAAUGUUCCAUCUUACUUUCCCCCUCCCCCCAAAAGAAGUCUUUUUUUUAGACCUUUGCCAACAAUGUACAGUAUCUAGGCCUAUAAAUUGAGAUUUAGCUAUCUGUUGGGGGCAGUGAAGAAUAAUGAAGAGUACUAUAUUUAUCUGGUGAGCCUUUGUUGACCUGAGUUCUUCAUGCAAAAGCAGAAAGUUCCAAGGGGUUUCUGGUGAGCCAAUCCACUGUUUAUGGAGUGAAGCACCAGGAUGGCCUAAUCAUGUAGAUGGGAUAGGCUGCUCCCAAGGACCAUCCAGUUAGAAAAAUUAUUUUGGACACUCUUGUGCAAACUGAGAGUGCACGUCAAAAUGCUUGGGACUUAACAGGAGUUGCAGGGCACAUUCAUGGUUUAUGAAGGAGGCCUUGAGUGUAUACCUGCAUCAAACUGCCUAACAUACUAAGGCACAACACUUAAACCAGCCUGGAUGAUUACAAACCUAGUCUAAAGCAGAAUUUGCAAAGCAUAUGGAUUGUCCUUUAUAUCUGGGCUCUCACCAAUACAAAUUGCAAAUUUGGGCUCUCACUGAUACAAAUUGCAAACUUUCUUCCUAAAACCUACUUAUUCAAUUGCACCAUAAAGCCAAAAAAACUGCUAAGUACACUUUACUUUGUCUAGGAGGGUGCAACUUAGGAAUAGGGCUGUGUGGAAAACGGCAAUCUGCUAUACAAAACAGUGUCCAGCCUGAACAUCAGUAGCGUGUUUAUAUGUCUUUUGUCAUUAAAAAUAUACUGGACGUGUGCUUACAUUAGUGCAAAGGAGCAUAUUUUUUAUUUGGCCUUAUAAUAGUAGAUUGUGAUAAACAAAACUUUGUACUAUGGUCUGUUUAUUUUUGUUUUCCUAUUUAUCUGCCAAAGAUGGUAAUGGAUACAAGGAUUUUAAAUAGGUUUUUUGUAAGACAGUUAAUGAUUGUAAUAGUGUUAAAACUUCCCAAAAGCUUUAUAUGUUCUUCCGCAAUAAGCAAACCAAAUAUUUCUUUCAAGAAAAUUCCAGUUAUACUGAAAACAGAUUCACAAACCAUAAUUCUUAACCAAAAUGCAGUUGUUGUAAUGUUUGCAUAAUCUUCAAAUGCAUUUUUAUUCUUUCAAUCCAAAGGAAAUAAGGGGUAUGAAAAAAACAGCCAAACCUGCAGCUGUUGAAGCAAAGAGCGGGUGGCCCAGCUUACUAUGUUUUGCCAAGAAUACUUGUAAUUUAAGGUAUAUUUUAUAAUGCCAUUAUAUGUCUUGGGGUUUCUGUUUUUGUUUCUGUUUUGCUAUUUCUGUUUUUUAUUUUUUAAUUUUGUGAAGGUGAUAUGUUAAAUCGAGUGUUCCAAACAAAUAAAGUAGCUACAGAAUGAAUGUUAUUUUAUUAUUAAAUGGUUUUUACUCAAUUAUUUGUGCCAACAGACAUCCUUUACCUUAAUAACAAAUUACUGUAUAUGUGUCAAAGUCUUAAUUUAUAGUUCUUGAUGUGAAAAAUAAAGAGAAAAACACGUA